AUGAAUUCAUGCAGUGAAAAGAAGAAUGAGGUUGUAUUGGCACAAGUCCUGGAUCUAUUUCUCCUGCCAGAUUACAAUGUCGUCUCGACAACCUAUUUAGAUCACUUGCUCAGCCACAUUGCGGAGAACACAAAGCAUUGUGCUACAGUCGAUUAUGAAUAUUGUGAGGUCUUUCAAAAAUGGAUACCAAAGGCUUUGGCUGUAUGGGAAUCUGGACAGAAGGUUUCACAGCCUGUGAUUACAUUUACGCUAAAACUUGUGGGGAUUAUCUCGCGGCAUGAACUACGUUAUCAUUAUUGGCAAUGCCAGGAUGUGUAUAAUAGACUCUAUAAAAUAUUGCAAUUGCAUAGAGACGACUUACCUGCAUCUAUUAAAAUGGCAUAUACAAUAAUGCUGUCAGACUUGAUUGUUCAUCGAAGUGGCAGACAAUGGGUAAUAAAAUCUGGCCUGUGGAGGGACGUCGUGAAAUGUGCACACUGGAAUCACACAAUGUAUGUUACAAGGGAGAGUCAGAAAUUCUUAUCGACGUUGUUGUUACAUGAACAAAAAAACGUCGAGGCCUGUACAGAGAUUAUAUUGGCAGUUGCUGCUCCUUUAAUGAACAAUACUGUAGAUGCUCAGCUGCAUCAAGCGCUCGAGGAGACCUACCUGGAACAAAAUAGGUUGUUAUGUGCCACAUUGGACUUAUUAACCAGUAUCUUAGAGAACACACUGUUUGCGAGUCUGGACAAUAGCAUUCCCGAACUGCUCGAGAAACUCGUAAACCUUGAGAUGCGGGUAAAAGCGCUAUUCGAGGCAUGCAUCAGCACUCGUUUCCUCCAGCACGUGCACAAAUUGCUGCUGCUGUUGCUGUUCUUAAAGCUAAAGCAAGGAAUCAAAGAACACACUGAUCUGAUUGAUGCCGAUGCAUGGCAAAAGUUCUGUUAUGGUUUGUGUUAUAUAUCUAUGAUGUUACUCUCAAAGAAAUAUAUCAUAGAGUUGGUGAGGAAUAACAAAUUUGCCAUGGUAUACUGGAAGAAGCUGCUCGCAUUACGAGAGAUUGUUUUGCCAGAGGAGCACAAGUUUGAACAUCAAGCUAUCGCUCUCAUGAUAUUACCAUUGUGCGUGUGUAUAAAGAAGAAUCAUCUAAAUCACGAUUUCUUUGAUAUGUUCAUUAAUAAAAUUUUCGAUGUAACGUGUACCACUGUGCAAAGAUUAGCAUACAACAUAAGGGAUAUCAUAUGGAAGGGAGAUCUUCCACAAAUUUGUAAAGUGUCUAUCGAUCUGCUGCUUGAAAUAUUAGAUAUAAUGGAUAGAGAUGUAGCGGUUAUCGCCUUUCAAGCUUUAUGCCACGUUUUGAAAAGUUACUUGCCAGACUUGUGUGGGGAAACAAAGAAUCAUAUGUCAUCGAAUAUGAACAGCACCUCUCCUUCAGAACAUGUGCGAAAGUUUCGUUAUAAAUCAAUAUUUGAAGGUGAUCCUAUAGUGCAAUAUCCUAUUUUACUGGCGUCAUUACUCGAUGGAUUAGCUAUCAUGACGGAGAGAUUUAAACUGAAGUGGCAAGAAUGCGUAGAAACAAUAUGCGUAUUAUCUCUUGCACAAGGAAUCCUCAAUCAUUCUGAAAUAUUACCAAUAAUUUGCGUGAAGGCGUUGAAGCUAUGCAAGCUCGCCAUCCAUAACUUUAUGCCUCCUAAUUUGGCGCUACUCGUGGAUUCGGACAGUCACAUGAAUGGCAUAGGGCCUAUACUCUUCAAGAGGCUACACGAUCCCAACUGGGAAGUAAGAGACAGCGUACUCGAAGUUCUCAAUACCAUCGCAACGAUUUCCGAAAACAAAUAUCCAGCGUUUCAAGACUUCUUGUUGACAAAUCAAUUUCCGAAAGUGGCUAUCGAAAUCGCUAAAACGGAUGGCGAAAGUUACGUGCGAGCGUCGGCAUUAACUUUCAUCGCGACUAUCGUGCGCAUCAACAAACUGUGGGAGCAACAAUUGUCGCAAGUAAAUUUAACUGAAAUGGCGAUUUAUUUACUCGAGAACGAGAACGAAGCGAUAGUCAGAAGGGAGGCUGUGAAUUUAAUGAAGGAGUUAUAUGUCCAUCAGAAGUGGUCAAAGGAAGUCAUCGAUUCGAUGUUGCGAGCGAUGUCCGUGGCGGCUGUAUUCGAUCUGCAUUGGGAGGUGAAAACGAACGCAUUAAUGUUUUGGGAUCAUUUCGUCAAGUCGCAUUUGACAGAUCAGGGAAUGCUCGACGACUCAUUCCCAAACGUGACGUUCUCUAAGGAGCACAGGAAGAUUGUGGCGUUGAACGAGACAGAAAUUAAGAAGAGGCUAAAUAAAGCGCUGGACGAGUUGGCGAGGCAAAGUUGCCUAGGUGUGCUUCUGGUCACUUUGAAGGACGAUAGCGAUUUCGAAGUAUGUAAAGCAUCCGCUACGAUAAUCGGCAAGCUGAAAUCCUGCCUGCUCAAGUACAAACUGGACGAACCGUUGUUACCAGUGGAAAACAGCGCGACGAUAGACACUGUCUACAUUAAGGAGACAUCGCCGGUACCCUCGUCUCCUUCCGAUAAGGAAACGAGAAACGCUUCAUAUGUGAUCGAGGAAAUCGUGGACGCGAACGAUACCAAUCUGUUGGCGGCUAUCUACAAGAGUUCCAUGAACAUGGACGGCGAAGUGGUGAUGGAGGAGGAAAAGAAGAUGCUUGAUUAUAUCUCGUCCGUGACACGCCAAGACUUUCUUCGCGCGAUCUUCAACUGCGACAUCAACGCUUACAUCGAAGAGAAGAACCGUUGGUUAAAGACAUAUACCAGUAGCUUCGAAUCGAUCCUGGACGACAUACUGACGAUGUACAAACAGAAAGAUAUCAAUUCGAUGGACUGUUACUAAUACUACAGUGCGCACCUUAAACUACUCCGACGUUCGGCGUGUAUGAUUUGCAUUCCUCCCUUUCCCCUAUAUCAGAAGAAACUAACGAAUGCCGACUGUCAAUUGUAUAGUUAUAAAUAUCAGACACUUGAGCAUAAAUUAAUGUAUAUUUUUAAAUAUAUAUAA